AUGCACCGCAGCCGCACUGGGUUGGCAAUCCAUCGGGUUUGGCUGGUAGCCUUCCGCUUGACCGAAACUUGCCCCCCCCAUUUGUUCUCGCAUACCGCGUCAGCUAGGAGCUGGACGUUGCGGUGUUCGUCUGUGUGUGUGUUUGUCGGCAUCGUUGCCUACAUACUCUCGUUUGCGAUCAGCAUCACCUUCGGACAUGCAUGCGUCGACGACGAGGAGUCGCGCAACCUGUUGAUGCAUUGGAUUUUACACAGCAUGUCGUUCUCGCCCUACGUCGUGACCGUGGCUUGGGGCGUGGGCUACCGCAGUCGCUUCCGGAAGAGCCUACUGAUGCACAGAUUUGCACGUGCAUUCUUUGCAGGUGCUGGACUCAGCGCCACUGUCUCGGUGACUUAUCCUUGGUUGUACACGUGCCACCUUGGACCAGUAGCAUUGACAAAGCUUCCGUAUACAAUCGUUUCCAGCGCUUGGGUUGUAUGCAAGUACAGCAGCAUGUUUAUAAUCGCAUCCAAAUUGAGAGAUUUAGGCCGACGGAACAUCGCGCGAAUCAUCAUGUACAUUCUUGUUGGAAUUGCCCCUGCGGUGCCUGCAGUCCUGGUGGCUUCCUUUCAUCCAGAACUCAUCAGCGAGAAUGACUUGGUGCAGUUGCUGCUGCAGAUCGUCGCGGUCGUCCCUUGGUGGGUGAUGUUAUCGUCAGUCGUUUUCGCAGGCGUGUGCAGCCUCUGUGCCAGUGCCCAGCGUACAAUUCAUUCUGAUAGCAGUGCGCAAAGGCGAGCCGGCAUGUGGAUCAUGGUGACAGCCGUAGCAGCAGCAGCUAGCACAGUUGUGUCGACGUUCACCCCAGGUUUUCACAUUUGGCAUGGUUCGGGCAGCCUGCACAUGUCAGCCAGUCUGUUUCUAGAGUGUGUGGUCGAUAGCCUGAGCGUGCUCGUGCUCGCCGGCCUGGCCGGCCCACCAGAGGUGCGGCGCCUAGCCCUGAUGGCCUUUACUGCGAUCAAUUGCUACGGAGACGAGCAGUUGAACGAUUUCCACCUGGAGUUCUUGCAGUACCUCGACGACGCUCGCAUCAAAAGGGUGCGGUGCGGAUAUUUGCGCCAACUCGCAUCGACUGGUGGCAAAAUGCCUCGAUGCCAGGAUGUGCCAGCGAGCGAGGCAAUCAUCGGCAGUGCUGGUUUCCCGGGGUGCAAGGAUGACCCGAAGCAUCGCUAUGUUCUCUCACAUCCAUGGCUCUCCAAAGAGCUCUCCAAAUUGCAGAUGUUAUGCGAUCAACUGGACGCUAUGGGGGCCGAUGACAGCGAUUGUCUUUUCGCCGACUACAUGAGCCUGCCCCAACACAACAUGCAGGAUCCAUAUCUGCAGCGUUUAGAACGCGAAGGGAAUUGGCCCGAGCCAGGAACCCAUCCAUCAGUCCGUACAGCUGAGGAGGACGCUAUUUUCAAGACCAGCAUCGAUUCCAUGGAGCUCCUCUACAGCGCUAGCCACACCCCAGUCAUAGUGCUUCCCAUGGACGAGUGCGUCCCUGCAGGUAUGGAGUACAUAUCGCGUGGUUGGUGUUUCCUGGAGCUCUGCAUCGCGCACAGCUUCGGGAACAUCGCAAACGCCGACAUGUGUGAUGUGAAGCUGCUGUGCGAGAAAGUCCGCAGCGAGGGAUGCAACACUGUCGAAGGAUUCGAGGUGGCAUUCCUUGACAAGCGCUUCACCUACGCUGGCGACGGUGAUAUUGUGCUGCGCCUCUUUGAGAAAACGGUCAACAGGAAGGCCAAAUUGCUCUGCUCGGCGACAGAAGCGGGCGUCGAGAUGCGUCAGCGGGUUUGA